AUGGAUGAAGCUCUCUCACUUGAUGAGCUGAUGGAGUGCAAUAGUUAUGUGAAAGGACGCUAUUUGUCCUGCCAAAACCACCUUUGCGUUAUACUUUGGGGUUCUUUCCAGAAAGCCAUCUCUGAACUUGCGCGGUUAUACAAAGACAAGCUAGAUAACCGUUGUGACAAUCGAUGUCUUGUUCAAGUUCUCUAUCGAAUCGAAUCCUUCUAUCAGUUAUCCCAAAACGUCUUGAGAUAUGCCAAAAACUUCGGCAUUAACUUGGGUUAUGAUUGUCGCAGACUUUUACUUCGCGAUGCUCUCCUUCUGUCCUCUACUAAUGAUCUCUGUGCGUAUGACGUUUAUGCAGCUGUUUUGCAGCCCUUUAUUACUGACAAUGUGGUAACUUAUGGCCGCAAGCGGAAGAGGGUACAGCGUUGUAGGCGAUGUUUUAAACGGCGCCAACGACUUCCGAUGAAGCGCUGCUGUAUUAUUUCCGCAGGAAGUGAGGGAAGCAUCAACGAGGUUAUACAGCCAUUCCUUAAUCAUUAUGAUUUCUACGCACCAAGUCUGGAUCGCCAUGGCAACUGGGCCGUAUCUAUUAGUGAUAUUCCGUCUGCAGCUCCUCCUGCUUUUAGCAACUGGAGGUCCUUCCUUUCCUCCGAAGCCACUGGUCCUGUCGACGCGGUGGAAUUUAUCAUGCCCCCGGUGGAUGAGCUACCACUAUCUCUCUCUCAAAAUCGGUCUCUAAUAAUUUCUCGAAGGAAGCGCCAUAUGGGUUUUACGGAGGAUUAUCACCCAUACAGUCUCGUCGACUCAAUGUCCAAAUUCUGCUUGCAUUCAAAUGCAAAACUUCAACGUCUUGAAUCUGUGAUUGACACUGACAUCCACAAGGAUCUCUCAAAAUAA